GGCCCAACCCGCCGCCUCCCCCGCUCCGCCGGCGGCGGCGGCGCAGGAGCCCGCGGGCGGCCGCGGAGGAGGCGCGCUCGGCCGCCGCCGCCUCCUCGCCCCGCCGCCGCCGCCGCCAUGGCGGUGCGGAGCCGCGGCGUUUGGCGGCGGCUGCUGCUGCUGCUGCUCCUGGCCGGCUCCGCCGCCAGCCCGGCGGAGGAGGGCGGCGGGCGGCGGGAGGCGGGCGGUGGGGAGCACGGCGAGGAGGCGGCGCGGCCUCACCACGACUCCUCGUACGGCACCUUCGCCAGCGAGUUCUACGACCUGCGCUACCUCUCCGAGGAGGGUUACCCUUUCCCUACUGCUCCUCCUGUGGAUCCAUUUGCAAAAAUAAGAGUGGAUGACUGUGGAAAAACCAAGGGAUGCUUCAGGUACGGUAAACCUGGGUGCAACGCAGAGACUUGUGACUACUUUCUAAGUUACCGUAGAAUAGGAGCUGAUGUUGAAUUUGAAUUGAGUGCCGAUACUGACGGCUGGGUGGCAGUGGGAUUUUCCUCAGACAAGAAAAUGGGAGGGGAUGAUGUCAUGGCUUGUGUUCACGAUGAUAAUGGAAGAGUCCGAAUACAGCACUUCUAUAAUGUUGGUCAGUGGGCUAAAGAAAUCCAGAGAAAUCCUGCUAGAGAUGAAGAAGGGGUUUUUGAAAACAAUCGUGUAACGUGUCGAUUCAAGCGUCCUGUAUAUGUUCCCCGAGAGGAAACCAUCGUAGAUCUGCACCUGAGUUGGUACUAUCUGUUUGCUUGGGGUCCAGCAAUUCAGGGUUCUAUAACUCGUCAUGAUAUAGACUCACCACCUGUAUCAGAGCGUGUUGUCAGUAUUUACAAGUAUGAAGAUAUUUUCAUGCCAUCAGCUGCCUAUCAGACCUUCUCUUCUCCAUUCUGCUUGCUCCUUAUUGUUGCACUGACCUUCUAUUUAUUGAUGGGAACCCCAUGACCGAUGGAAAAUAGCAAGAGUUUGUCAGUGGAAGUUUCUCAGGAUGGACGGCUAUGUGGAUGGACGAUGCAUUUUUCUAUUGGAAUUUAUAUCACACCACCAUCAUCAUCUAGCUGCUUUUGAACAUAGUUAGCUUCUCAGAAGAAUGAAAUAACCGUCUCCUUUGAGUGGCAGAGUGGUGACAAAUCAUUUAAGAAUAAUCAGCGAACACAUAGGAGAAUAUUUUCAGUGUUGUGACUACUUGCUUAAAGAAAAGGAGACUUUUGUAAAAUCAAUGUGUGUGUGCGUGUGUAUGUGUGCUUGGGAGGGGUGUCUGUAUGUGCGUUUAGGCAAAUUUAGUGAUGGACAUCUUAUCAAAUAACAAAAUUGCCUUCCAAAUUGCUCCCAGAAAGCAAAUUUGGAAAAACAUUGUAAUGCUGUUUGGUACUUCUGGAGCAGAGAGCACAACUCCAAGUGCAGUUUCUGAACUUAAGAUCAGAAAUAUACUGACACAGCAGUAUAAAACCUGCCCUUCAGCAAAGGCCAGUUCUCUCUUCUUUUUUUUUUUAAAUAUUUAUGAAGGUUUACUUGGUCUAGUACUUUCCAAAACUAAACCUGCAUAAUCAAGCAUUAACAUGACUUUUUUUUUUUCAAUUGAAAAGAGGUGAUGAAUGUCUUUACAAUAAUAAUAAUGUUUCAACAGCCUUCUUGAAAGAAAUGGCUACUUCUUUUAUGACUGAGAUACAAAGUUAUUUAAACAAGGGGAAGGGAGAAUAUAGUAAUGUAAAUUCUCCAUACAUAGGAGAAACAGAUGUAAAACAUAGAGAAUAUAGAAGUUCCCAACAAGCCAUAGGAUGUCCUCCCAAUAGAUUAAAUCAAUUUUUCUCUUUUUGUGAAAAAAACAAAAAGCAACAAACACCCACUAAUAUUGCUGACAUGUAAAUAUGUUUUUAAGCAGUUGUGUAGUAGUACCAAGUAAUCUGUUUUUCUGUGUUGUAUGCCUGUAUAUCCUGUUCAUGUUAAAGAUGAAUAUGGGCAGCUGGUGUUAACUUACAAAGAAAUGGAAAUAUAUUUGAGAUUAUUUGUAAGGAAAGAUAGGGAUUAAGAAGAAGAGCAAUAUCUUUAGUUUCAUCAAACCAUUGCUAAAAUGUAGUUACUGUGGAAAAAGAUGAGAUAAAGAAGAAAUACAUUAGAUUUUUUUAUCACCAAUAAAUAUUACAAAGGUGAGCGCUAAAUAUUACCGAAAUUGAAAGUGUCAAAAGGUAUUUAUGAGCCACAGAAUAUUAUGAAAAACUUUGAUUUCUUGUGGAGAAUUUCUGUUCUUCACAUAAUAGGAAGUGUAUGACGUAUACAUGUAGUAGUUGAAUGUACUUAGAUAAGGUUGCUCUUUCACUUCCCAACUUGCAUUAAAAUUCUAUUUAAAUAGAACUAAAAUUUGAAUUGUGCCAAAGUUCUAUCUAAUGUGGUACGCUUGAGGACUCUGUAACACAGGAUCUAGUAAAGCAUGUGAUGGACCUAAUUUCUAUUUUCAUUACUGCUUAGAGUAAAAAGAUUAACUAGCCUUGCUGGGUUUGCAUCAUUAUUCACAGACUGAAGUUUGUAGACUAAUUUUUUAGGCUCAGGAUUCUUCAAAUCUAUGCUUAAAGUAUAUAAAUUAGGUUUAAAGAGGAAUUUAUCUCCAUCACAAACACUUUAUCCCUAUUUCAAAAGAAAGAUUGCUUAGUAAUAUAUAUUUUCAUUGAUUUCUUUAAGAAUUCGUUCACUUAAAAUUGUGGGACUAGAGUUCAGGAGGGGAAAGAGAAAUUUGGAAUGAAGUGAACUUUAAAAGUGCAUAUAAUACCUUUAUUUAGUAUAAAUUACUUCUUUCAAGUUGGAAAACCUACUCAUCAUCUGACAAAAUACAUUGUGGAGACCUCAUAAUAAGGAAGGUCUGCUUUGGUCCAUGAUAGCUGUAAAAUUUAGUCUUAAGACUGUCUGAAGCAGAGAGCUGAAGCCUUGGAUAAUGAGUUUAAUAUUCAGCAACCAGGUGAAGUGAAGAUAUCAUUAAGGGAAAUUCUUUCUCCUUUGUGCUAAUUCAUAGGCAGCUGAGAUAGUGCAGUUCCUUCUCAGAGAUCACAGCUAUUUAAAGUAGCCUCAGGGCUGCUGUAGUUUAUGGCCUUGUAUUUACUGUUUUGGUUUCAGGUAUUUACCUGAUUAUCCACUAAAGGGCUAAUCUAAUAAUUGAAAAGUACUGAAGUAGGAUAGAAACCCAUUUCAGCUCCUCAUUUCUUUUUUAAAACAGUGCUAGAUUUAGGAUAGUCUGGCUGGAUCCAGGCACAGAGGUAUAAUAAAGAUGACAAUAAUAAUACCGAGGUAAAUGUGCAACACCUGUAGAGCUGCUUUCCACCUAUAUGGAGUCAGAGGUGUUUAAAGUUCAGGCUCUAAAGCGACACCAAAUUCAGAGCAGAGGUGCAUAAGGAUAUGUCCACUGCCAAGUAUGAACUGCUUCAGGCUUCAGCUGUACCCCUGUUCUUGAUUAUGGUAAAAAAUACAGGGUUUUCCCCCAUUUUUUUAGGUUACCUCUAAGUGUGCUGUCUGGUGGUUUUGUCAUAUUUUUCUCUUGUUGAAGUAUUAGCAGAAAUGUUCACUUCUAUAAAAGCUUUCACCCAAGCUUCAAAGUACUUAAUUAGCACUAAUUGAGUAUUUCUAAUCAAAUGAGAGGAAAUAGAAGUCCACAACAAGCAGCAAAACAAUCUAUUGUUUGGGAUUUCAACUGACGGUUGAGUUUAGCUGUAUUAUUAUCUACAAGUAAAUUGUUCCAAAAUUUUGCAUACUACUUCCCAGAUAUUACUAAAGUCAUAAUUUCUGCUCUAAACACUUUGCAGGUGGAAGAGGUAAAAUAGAGGAAAGUUUAAGGACAGCUGAAAAUAACUGUGGCACAUUAGAAGCAGGAGUUGGGGUAAUUUUCUUUUAGUGAAAUAAGUUUGCUGUCUUGUGGCAUUUUGUCUGAGAGUUGCUCUUCAGAGUGGGAAAAGCAGGAAUAGGAGAUUCAUGCUGACAAAGAAAGAAGGUGUGAGUGCUAGAAAUUAGUAGUUGGGGAGAAAUAUGAGACCAAAAAGGCAUAAGAGAAAUGAAAGGGCUCUAAUUCAGUGGUACUUUGAUACUUGGUAAGUCUUAACAUUUGAGUGGGCAUAGUAACUUGUCAUGGAAGGUAUUUUGUUUUUCUUUUUUUUUUUUUUUUCUUUUUAAUAUUGAAAAGCAGAACUGAUCCCUGUUAUACAAAGUUACUACAAAGUACCUUUCUUCAAAGUAAUUUUUAAGGGAUUAGGGCAUUUCAAAUAGUUUUUUCAGAUUUCUCUAAUUAACAGGAACCAACACUAACUAGAGGAAAAGGUCUCCUUUGAAAAGGAGGUGGAUGUUUCCUUCUCCAAAUCAAAUCAUUUUUAGUUUCCUUAUGGUGACUACUACUAGCAAGCAGCUGUUAAAGAACACAUUUCCAAAGUGCUUUUAUUUUUAGAAUUACUUGCUGCAGGGUGACCUAAAACAGAGGCAUAGAAAGUGCAUGUUUAAGAGUAUGGUGUCCUUUGGAAAUUUAACUUUGAUUAUUAAUUAGAAAGAUAGUACUGGCAAAGACCAUAAGGCAUUAAUAAAUGUCCCUGAAUAUGUUCCUUCCAUGCAGAACAAAAUUCAGUUGUUACCAUUGCUUGUUACAUUAACCAUAUAUCACCCUUUCCUCACCCUGUCCAUCUUACCUAGAAUGCUUUAUACUCAAAGUUUGUAAAUUAGUUGGAAAUCGGCUGCUUAUAUUUGUGACAGUGCCUAUCACAAAGGGACCUUGUUUUGUGACACUAGUGUUUGACUGGUACCCCACUACAAAUAAUAAGCUAGGCCUGAAAUUAUAUUAAAAAUAAGUAGGACAGGACAGAGAGAAAAAUAAGUGGAGAGGACAGACUUGCAGAAAGCAGGGGUUUUUUCUUCACUGGAAUCAAAUAAUUGUGUAUAUUUUUAUGUAUAGGUGAGAUACUUGAUGCUAAUUGAUAUCCUCCCCCCCCAAAAAAAAAAAAAAAAAGCCUAGCUGGUGUGAUAAUGUUAUUGGAUAUUGGACGAUGCUUUCUUCAAAAUUCUAUUACUAUAAGGGAAAUACUCUGAGUUUGAAAGAGAAUAUAUUGAUGAGAAAAGUUCGAAAUCCCUCUGUGGCCUCUUGUCCUGCUUGAUUGGUUUUGCAAUACUUGGAUAGCAAGAAAAUAAACACUUGUAAUCUCCCUAAUCUGAGGAACCCCUCAGAUUGGGUUAAAAGUUGUCAAAGUUACGUUUGGCACUGACUUUUCCAGUAUUCAGCAUAGGGAUUAGAGAAUGACUGGAGCAUGGUGUACAUCAGCAACCCACCAGGCAGCGGUUUUGAAGCUCGCUUGGGGAACCAUGUCCUGGGUCUGAACUAAGAGCAGCCUUGCAACUGCCUCCAUGUACUCGAAUGGCUACUGCGAAAUGGAAAUAACAACCAGCAUGGCCCAUCCUACACCAAAUCCCUUAAAUAUGUGUAUCUUCUCUUGCCAAACUGUGGAUGGUGUUCUUACUGUGAGCGUUAAUGUCUAGUCUUCGUUGGAAGAGUACUGUGCUCCUUGUCACUAGCCUAUGUUCUGUCCCCAUUCCCACAGAUGCCUUAUGCUGUUUAGGGAGAUGAUGCUGAGAAGUCUUAGCCCAGCUGUGAAGAGGAGUUAGUGGGUAAGGAGGACUGACACACGGUUGUCUUCAUGGUUAUCCAGGUCACAAUUAGAAAUCUGUGUCAUUGGUGAUACUCCAGAUAUCUGUAAGUAAAUGUCUGCUAUAAGUUUAAGGGAAGAUGUAGGUCUUCCUGGUUUUUGUCUGCUCCUUGCUUUCCCACCCAUCCUGUGCACCAGACAUUUAUAAACCAGCAAGUUAUUCUCCUUUUAGAGAACAGAGCCUCUGGCCUUUCUGAUCUCUUCUGGGUCUGCUGGAAGUUUGCAGCAUGCCAUACUCUAGAGGUAGAAUUCAAGCUUAUAUAUAAAUGUCAUAAGUUCUAUCAGCAUUUACAUUGCAUUUUGUGACUCUCUGGUUUCCUUGGUUUGACACGCUAAUGUGUAGCAGGUGUACUUCCCCGCCCACACACACACACUCUUUUUUUUUUAACAUCUCCAGAUAGAUUCCCCAAAGAAAAGUAUUUGGUAAUAGCUUUAGGAGAAGGAAACCUGUAUUUCACACAAUUACGAAAGGUCCAGUACAGCUUAUUUUCAGAGAUACCUAUUGUGAGAGUGUUAGUAUUUUAUACAAAGUAUAACUUCAUAUAGAACCUUACAUUUAUGAUAGAAGUGGAAAUACAUUUAAUUAUUACAGGGUUUUUUGGUGCUGCAUGGAGCUGUGUAUGCACAUAACUUGCAUGAAUUGGCAACCUUUGUUUCCACCCUGAGUCCACGGCAUGUAAUGAACGGGUGAAGCAGUCUGCUUGAACGCUAUACCGUGAGGCAUAGGUGACCUCAAAUAGUUUGGGACAGAAGAGUGGAGAGACUGGUGGUAAGGCUGAAUGACAGGGAAGGGCUAAUGGCUUUGGCAUAUUUCCUAUUUUUGCAUGAGUUUACGUAUGGCAGAGUGCAUCUGGUGCUUUUAAUCACAAGCAAAUGUUACUUGAUGUGAAUAGAAGGAACAGAGUCGGACUUUAAUGAGGAUUUAGCUUUUAUGCAGGUCUUAGCUGUGUAAGGGCUGAUGUGGGCACAAGGUCAGACUAUGCCUCAAGAUGUGUACUCCGGUGAAACUCCAAGGUAAGAGCCAGAGGCUUGAUCUUGCCUUCGGAGGUAUGAAAACCCAUCGAGACCCUGUAGACAGUAGCAACAGUUGGCUGCUACGUACGUACCUGCUCCCUGGCCAUUUUACAAACUAGUGCUGCAGCAGUUGGAGUAUCAAAAGAUGGAGGCGCUACAUCUUUUCUCAACGGCUUUCAUUGUACGUUGUCUAUUUUCCCUAAUUAUAAUUUCAUUAUUGGUAUUUCUGUAGCAGUGUAUGAGGGCCUAAUGCAGCUCUCCCACAGCCUGCCCAGCACAGAUAUGGAUCUGACUGGAAGGUAUUCAAGAAAAUUUCAAUUUCCCAAGCACAAAAAUUAAUCGAACCAAAAUAAUUUAUAUUUAUUGACCAUAUGUCAAGUUUUCACCACAUCUUUUUUCAUAUCAAGUUAUUUCUGUGCAAUUUAUAUGUUGAGAUGUCUGGUUUUUGCAGAUACAGAGUAAGAUCUAGGUAAACCUUCCUUUCUAAACCUGUUUUAUUAGUAUGAAAUAAUCACUUGAGUGAUUUUUUUAUGGUGAGUUUGGUGAAAGUAUGUAUGGUUGAACUUGAUUUUUUAACUUAUCUAAUUUGGGCUUAGAUAGGCAAAAACAGUGUAAUUUUGAAAUGUCAAGGAGGACGUGUGCAGCUUGUGGAGCUGAUGGGUGUGAAAAAGCAGUCUGAAAAGACAUUACUUUGAAAAUCUGUGAUUUGAAUUGGCAAUAGCAACGAACUUGUCGUAAGGAAAGGGGCAGGUUUGGUUGGGGGUUUUGGGGUUUUUUUUUUGAUUGCUAAGUAGUUUGAAUUGCAGUCCUAGACUAUCUAUCUCAAGUUGGAAGGGAUCCAUGAGGAUCAUUGAGUCCAGCUCCCUGCUCCUUGCAGGACUACCUAAAACUAAGCGAUAUGACUAAGAGUGUUGUCCAGAUUCUCCUUGAACUCUGCCAGGCUUGGUGCCAUGACCGCUUCCCUGGGGAGCCUGCUCCAGUGACCGACCGCCCUCUCAGUGAAGAACCUUUUCCUCAUGUCCGACCUGAACUUCCCCUGACACAGCUCCAUAGUCAUUCACAACUGUUGCUUUUGCCCUACUUCUGUGUUUCUUACUGAAGUAGGAAUGUUCUUUCAAACCGACAUGAGGUUGGAAUACAUGCAGGACUUCACAGCCCCUGUUUUAGAACAGCCGCUGCUCUGUAUAGGCUGGUUUUAGGUAAUUAAAGGCUAUUUAGGAACGUCCUGACAAGGUGAACUUUCACAUGGCACUCAAGAAACUGUCUGUAAAGGUAUUGUGCUCUUUAUAGAAUACAGCGUUACAGAAUUACCUGGUGGCAGUACUUUUCUGAGCUAUUUCUAAUUGAUACUUACUCAAAUUCAUGUUUACAUGUUUAAAGAAGUAAUUGGAUUUUUCAAAAGUGCCAAGCAAAUCUUUUAUGGCUCCAAUGCCUGCUCAGGGCAGCGAACAUUUUAUGGUAACUAGUGAUUGCAAUGUGUUGCCUAAUUUAGUUUCACGUCUCUCUCUUAAGCCUGACAUCAUUCAAUUCAAUUUCAUAAGAUGGUAUUAGUAGAAGACUAAAUAAAGGAACAGUUCACUUAGGUUGUGUGCCAAGGAAUAAAAAUAUUCUUGCUGAUUUUUCACAACAGUGAUCUGCAAAGUUUAGAUAAAUGAUAAAUAUUCUUCCCAGAAUUAAUAUUUAGGCAAUGUAAAUUUGCUGAAGGUAUUUUUGUGUGUAAGUCUGAGAAUGAUACAUGAGGGUUAAAAACAAAAGGGUAGACUCUGCUUUGGAGAUAAAAGAAGACAAACCACAGAAUCCUACAUGUUGCCUGAAUCCUAGCUGAUUUUUUGGGGGCAGAGUCAUCCAGAAGAAUACACAGAAACUUGAGAUGUUACCUGCUAGGAUAUUAUGUUUGCAGUUUUUAUAUACUAACCUUUUGUCACCUUCUUCAGUACAAAAAUUAGCCUCACAUUAGUGUUUUUACAUAUUUUUUUUCCAAACAAGAUGCAACAAGGAUAAGUUCAGUAAGUCAAGAAAAUACUGUUAUAUAGAGUAUUAGGAAAAUAAGAAAGGAAGCAUGGAUGCCAUAUUUAAAUCUAGGAGGAAAAAAUAUUAUUUAAGUACAAAAUAUGAUAUCUGCUUCUGAAAUACUGGACUGCUCACAUAUAAAACAAUGAUUUCUUUUUCAGUUUUUCACAGUUGGUGAUAUGAAAUCAGGGAUAAAAAUUGAAAUAGAAAAAAGUACCACAAUGGGUUUUCUCUAAAGCUGGACGUAUCAUUCAAGUCUUGACACAGAUAGUCAAAGACGAAAUUCCAAACCUAUUAACUAAUUAGAAAACAGAAAUAGUGGGACCUUGAUAUUUGUGUGUGAUGUCCCCAGCCUUUAUUUAGGCAGAUAUGUUUUGUUAGCAUAUUUGAAGCAUCACAAGUACUGUUUAGGUUAAAGCAGAUGCCUGGUAUGUUUUGGUAUUUCUGAUUAAUAUAUCCUGAGGUCUGGUUUGCUUUAACCACUUUGCAAGUAAGCAGGCUUUUGUAACUAUGUUAACUGUUGCCACUUCCUUUUGUAUUCCACUGAAGUGUAAUGGUUGAACCUGAAAUGUUAUCUCUACCUUUUGACUUUGUUCAGCGUUCUCAAGACUAAUACAUAGAAAACAUACAAAUAAGCAACUUGUAACUAUAGUGCUAAGUGGUGUUCUGCAUUCUUUAUGCUAGGUUCCGUUCUGUAUGCCAGUACCCAGCAUCCAUGUGAAGUCGAUGAGCGUUUGGUCGGGUAGGAGUGCAGAACUGGGGUUUCGUAGUCCAGAAGUAAUCAUCAAACUUCUUUGUAUUUAUGCACUAGUCUUUUCAGAAAAAUAACACUGAAUGAAUACAUAAUGAAAUUAUGGUGACCUACGGGACUACUUUACAAUCAGUGCAUGCCCUAAAAUAUUGCUUUGUAACAUCUGUUUUAUACUAAAUGUUGGUGUUCAAGUGAGCCUUGUUAGCUAUUUGACAGUGACAGACAACAAUAUUUAUAAACCUGUUAUAAUAAAUGCCUUUUUAGUCUAAGAAAA